AGACAUAACCUUGCGAGUACGUUUAGCAGAAUAGUCCGGAUUUAAAUUCCAUAUGACGAUUGUUAAACCGCACGCUUCAAAUUGAAGCACGUGAAAUAUUUUAUAUUUACAAAUAAGAUAACGGUGGCGAUUGCAGACAAUCCACGCAAACAAUCAAUUCAUUAUAAUUGAGAACGUGUUAUUCUAACCGAAAAGAAGCUAAAAAUUAUCCGUGCUAACUAAUGCAAACAAAAUAUUGUUAUAACCAGGAGGAUAUUAAUUUUGGCCUGGAUAAGGUCUACAGUGCGAGGAAAUGACCAUCAUAUACCAGAACAAAGUUGCUACCACAACAUUUUUCGGGUUCUUCCGCCUGCUCAAGACAUGGCGGGGCAGCGUCUACAAACUUAUCUACAAGGAGAUCCUCGUCUUCAUUCUGCUCUAUGUCUUAAUCAGCCUCGUAUAUCGCUUUGGCCUAUCCGGAACCUCUAAACGGAGUUUCGAGCAAGUUGUGGCUUACUGCAACAAACAUUCCGACCAAAUACCCGUCUCCUUCAUACUUGGCUUCUAUGUCACCCUUGUCGUCGGCAGAUGGUGGACGCAGUUUGUCAACUAUCCAUGGCCCGACAGGGCCUUGUAUGUGAUGGGGAGCUACGUGAUUGGCCGUGACGACGCCAGUCGCAUUAUUCGGCGCACCGUCGCCCGCUACAUGAUGGCUGCCCUCGUCCUUAUCCUCCGCACAUGCAGCGUGUCCGUCAUGAAAAGAUACCCCACCAUGGACCAUAUUGUCAAUGCAGGUUUUCUGACCAAAGAAGAAGUGGUUGAUUUAGAUAACGUCAACUGCAAGUACCACAAGUUCUGGGUGCCACUGGUCUGGGCCAACACUGUCAUCACAAAUGCCAGGAGGGAGGGCAAGAUCACUAGCGAUUACGGCUUCAAGUUCAUUAUAGAGCAACUGGCGGACUUCCGCGACAGGUGCUCGAUAUGCUUCGUGUUCGACUGGAUCACAAUACCGCUGGUUUACACUCAGGUCGUGACAUUGGCGGUGUACAUAUUUUUCGGUGCCUGUCUGAUCGGCCGUCAGUACGUAGACAACGACAAGGGUAACAUUGACCUCUACAUUCCCGUGUUCACACUGCUGCAGUUCCUCUUCUACAUGGGUUGGCUCAAGGUUGCAGAGCAGCUCAUUAAUCCAUUCGGGGAGGACGAUGACGACUUUGACAUGAACUUUCUUCUCGACAGACAUUGGGGGGCGGCAUGGUGCCUGGUCGACUACUGCCACCAGUUAGUUCCUGACCUCGUUAAGGACAUGCACUUCAACGAGAUUGUCACCGAGGAUCCGCCGUACACCGAGGCGUCCAUGGCCUCCCACAGGCCUAACUUCAUGGGAUCCGCGUACGCUAUGGAGCGACCGAGUUUAGUCCAUCAACGUGUGGUACUGAACCCCGACGCAUACGAGCCGAACCAUGGCAGUUUCGCCGGCCUCCGCCGCCUCUCACACGCUCUCAUGGAUUCCAACUGGAGCCUAUUCCGGCAUAAAGACAGUAUGCAGAAAACUGACUCUCAAAAUGGCCUAAAUGAAAACCCGCAACAUAACGGUCGCCCCGGCCACGGAGCCCUUGACGUUUCCAUGACAUCUCUCAAUCGCGUUGGUCGGAUGGAUCGAACGGGAAGCAUCGAGAGCAAACUGAGUGAUACAAGCUUUCGCUCAGCACGGGCGGAGUCAUUUUCCGAAGGUCAACUUCCAGAAAACGCCUCCGCGCGCCGCGACGUUCCCCACAAGCCCCAUAAGCGGACCAUCGAUGGCCAUAAGGAUCGGAAAUGGAGUUUCCCGCUGAACCUUCUUCACCGGAAGGGCUCUAAAUCUACAAAUGAAGACACUGUGCCCGCGCUCUCGCAUUUUUCGGACAAUAUCGACGACGGCGACGUCAAUACGCCGCUGAUAUCGCCGGCUGCGUUGAACACUGAGGGUCGUUUCCACGCUGAGAUAGUAUCCGGCGAGCACGACGUCGACGCCUCGAAGCAGACCCGAAACAAGCACAUCUUGGACAAGCACAUGACCCACAUGACUGCGUCCCGGCCUCCCUUCUUGUCCGCGAUUGCCGAGGGAAGCAAGGAAACUCUUAAUCGAUCUACAGCUCCUUCUGUGUCGUCGCUAGAUGAAGAAGUAACUCACACUGGGGACGCAGAAGUACCGAGAAUCAUCGUCGAGGAAGACGAGAAUACGGAUGACGACAGAACUUCAAGCGAUACAGUUGCUAUUAAGAUAGAAACUGAUCGGUAGUGUACGGCAAAUACGAAACCAUUUGGAGAAAUGACAUUUGAAGAAUUAUGCGGCAUUAGUGAUGCUUCAUUUAUCUUUCUGAUAUUUAUUUGUGUAUGUAUUGUCGUUCAAAUUAAAUUGCCCGGAAGUUUGUUGUCAAUAUUUCAAUCUUGUUUAUACCUAGGUCUAAGUUGAGAUUUUGUUAAAGAUUGGGAGAUAGGUCUACUAAAAACUUGUCAGUCACUUGUAUUUUGUUAAGUUUGUGAACAUUUGAACAAAGUGUGUUAAUGAUAUGCAUAUUAAUAAACAUUCGCAUAUGUGUUGUCAUAUAGCAGGAACUAUAGUGUGAUGUGAAAGUGACUUAAUUGAUCAAGUCCAUGAGUGUGAAUUUAUCAUGUGAUGUGCAUUUAAAUAACCAGACAGCGCUGGCUCUAUGUGCUCAUAAUUACACUUAUCGAGGUGGGUUGAUGACAUCUUACAUAUAUUUAUGUGCAGUGUACAUUCCCAUCCGAUCU